AUCGGUGACAAAAGCAACUGUGAGCUCCGCGGUACCCGCACAGUCAGCUGCUAUCACUGUUUACAAACCGGCUGACCAGAGAGGAGAGAGAGAGCAGAGGAUCUACAAUUAGAAAUUAAAUUUUAAUUUAAACGUGUUUCUCUCAUAAUCACAGAACUACGCGGGGGGGAAAUGGAAGAUUUGGGAAAAGUGAUUUCAUGUAAUCACAGGUCUUCAGUCAUGUUUGACUCCUUGGUAAAGUGGAGCGGAGCGUUUGGGCGCGUAAUUGGACUUGUUCGGUGUUUCUGUGCGUGAAAUGAAAAAGGUCUACAAUGAUUUUGGCUUUCAAUUAACUAUGGGCGCGCAUAUUCUGGAGUCCAACUCCAGCGGCAACUUGACUCCUGCGGUGUCUGAGGCUGGGACUGUCCUCCCGGGCUACCUGGCGGUGAUCUUAUCGGUCCUCAUGGUAACUCUGGUUGUCGUUGUGGUGGCUGGAAACGCACUGGUCAUCAUGGCUUUUAUUGUGGAUAAAACCCUGAGAAAUCAAAGCAACUACUUCUUUCUGAACCUUGCUAUAUCUGAUUUUCUCGUGGGUGCCUUCUGCAUCCCGGUGUACAUCCCGUACAGUCUGACAGGCCGGUGGAUGCUGGGUAAGGGUCUCUGCAAGGUGUGGCUGGUCAUGGACUACCUGCUCUGCACCGCCUCAGUCUUCAACAUUGUCCUCAUUAGUUAUGACCGCUUCCUGUCAGUCACAAGAGCAGUUAAAUACAGAGCACAGCGAAACAUGACCCGCCAAGCUGUGUUCAAGAUGGUGGCGGUGUGGGGGCUGGCCUUUCUCCUCUACGGCCCUGCCAUCAUCUUCUGGGAGACGAUCGUCGGCCAGAGCGUUGUCCCGACUCACGAGUGCUAUGCUGAGUUUUAUUUCACCUGGUACUUCCUGCUCAGUGCUUCUACCUUUGAGUUCUUCACCCCAUUUGUGUCUGUGGCUUUCUUCAACCUCAGCAUUUACCUGAACAUCCAGCGCAGGAACAAGAACGGAGGCGCCUGCGCCGAGGACGAAGGCAAGACGCAGAGGAACAGUAAAAAGCACAGAGAAGGAGGAGGCUGGUCUGUGUUUUUCGUGAAGACUCGGAAGGUGUCGUCCAGCGAGCCUACUGCUAUCUCUGCAGUUAUCGAGGACGACGAUAUCCUGUCCCCUUCCUCCAGGGACCCCAAUCCCAGUCAGAUAUUCAUGCAGAGGGAGAAGCUCUCUCCUAACAGAAAAAACUCCAGGCUGUUACAGGACACGGCCUCCUGCAUGGCGCCUAGCCGCAGGACACAGGCAUCUCGUCUUUCACGAGACAAAAAGAUUGCCAAAUCUUUGGCCAUUAUUGUCUGCAUUUUUGGGAUUUGCUGGGCUCCUUACACUCUACUAAUGAUUAUUCGCGCAGCCUGUAGCGGUGCAUGUGUGGCGAACUACUGGUACGAGAUUACAUUCUGGCUUCUGUGGCUGAACUCUGCCAUCAACCCGUUCUUGUACCCUCUGUGCCACAGCAGCUUUCGAAGGGCUUUCUCAAAGAUACUGUGUCCUAAAAGACAAUCAGUCCAGCCUCAGAUUGAGGCUCAGUCUUGUUAGAUGAACUCAAUUGCACUUCCAUGCUCUAUAAAUGCAGUAACUGUUGUUGGUCAAACACUGUAAAAAACAAACAAAUACAUACUGUUCUUCCAUUCAAAAAAAUCCAGUUUUCAAAAAUGUUUGCAUUGAAGUGAGGUGUGCGAGGAUUGUCACAGCAUAUCUGACAGCAAUACGACAAUUCAACAUAGUCAUAAAAAAUGUGCGAGAAAAUAAACUGCAGUUAUAAUAUUCUUAAUGACAGGGUAAAGCAGUGGAGUCUCAUGACAGCUUUAAAAGCGGAUAUAAUUGCCUUUGAUUAAAGCGCCCCGAAGAGCCGAUGUCAGAUUUUUCAAAUGGUGUAUGUCUUCAUUUUAAAAUAUGUAAAGUAUGCUAACCUCCACAGACAAUCUCCGUAAGGACGGGAGAGUGACGUGGUUUAGGCUUUCUCACCACUCAGUUCUUUAUGUGCUGAAGGCUGUGAAAUGAUGAAUUUGAUGACCAUAAUUUAGUCUAAGAUAUUAUAUGAGAACUACAGCACACCAAGUUGUUAAAUUAUGGUCUGUCUCAAUGAAAGCACAGCGCAGGGAGGCGACAGAUUGAGCGAACAUCCAGUUUUUCACAGGGAUGCUGUGAUGAGAAAACCUUUCAACUCCUAUUUAGAUCAAAUUGAUAUGAAGGAAGGUCUUUUGUGGUUUUAUAAAGUGUCAUUAUCGCUCUGCACAUGAAACCUUCUCACUUAAGAAUGUCAAAUGUGUUGGUGUUCAUUUGAAACAGAAGGCCUUUUGCCUAUGUCUUCAAAAAGAUACUUUUCAAAUUCAAGAUUUUGAAGCAUGUGGCGUCCUCAAAGUUCAAGUUCAAAGCACCUGAAAAGAAGAGAAUAACGUAUUUGUUUACUGACUACUGAGUGAACUUUUAGCACAGUGAUGUUUUAUUUCAGUUUAUCUGAAAAGUGGGCUAAGGGCUGGGGGAAACAGCUGUUAUCUGCCAACACUGAAUCUGCACUUAAUUUUUAAAAGGUGUUCUUGUUGAUGUUACAAUGUACAGCACUAUAAAAUGAUUAAAAUUUUUGUACAGUAAUAUCUA